CUCACGCUCAUUGCGUGUGAGUUGGCAGCUCUGAUUAUACUACAGUUGAUGAGUAUAACUGACCAGGACCAGGGCCAACUUACAGAAACAUGAAGACUGUUUUUGUGUUGCUGAUUUUAUUUCAUUUUGCAUCGACAGUGAAACAUUGCCUGAAAUAUUUCAUCACUGCAUCUUUUGGAGUCCAAGAGUUCCCAGAGUUUGUGGCUGUAGCGAUGGUUGAUGGAGUUCAGAUUGGACACUGUGACAGCAAAAUCAACAAAGCAGAACCCAAGAACGUCUGGAUGAAAGAAUUCAUUAAAGACAACCCUCAACACCUGGAGAUGUAUUCUACAUCGUGUCAGGGAUGCCAAUACUCUUUCAAAGCUAGUAUUGACAGCAUGAUGCAUCACUUCAACCAAAGUGGAGGUGUGCACAUUUUACAGAGGAUGAGUGGCUGUGAGUGGGAUGAAGAGACUGGAGAGGUUGUUGGUUUUAAGCAGUACGCUUAUGAUGGAGAAGACUUAUUAGCAAUAGACAUGAAGACACUGACCUGGGUUGCUCCCAACCCUAAGGUUUUCAUGACCAAACUCAGAUGGGAAACUGACAAGGCUAGAUUACAAAGCAAUAAAGACUUUUACAUGGACAUAUGCCCCAAAUGGCUAAAGGAGUAUUUGCAGUAUGGAAGCAGUUCUCUGCAAAAAGUCCUCCCCUCAGUGUCUCUCCUCCAGAAAUCUCCCUCCUCUCCAGUCAGCUGCUUCGCCACAGGUUUCUACCCUGACAGAGCUGUGAUGUUCUGGAGGAAAGACAGAGAGGAGCUUUAUGAGGGUGUGGACCAUGGAGAGAUCCUCCCAAACCAUGAUGACACCUUCCAGAUGAGGGCUGACCUGAACAUUUCAUCAGUGAAACCUGAAGACUGGAAGAGGUACGAGUGUGUGUUUCAGCUCUCUGGAGAGAAGACCAUCGUCACCAGACUGGACCAAUCAGAGAUCAGAAGCAACAAUGGCUCUACCUCUGGCUUUCCUGUUGCUCUUGUUGCUUCAUGUCUGCUGCUUCUGUUUUUGUGCAUCGCUGGACUCUGGAAGUGGAGAAAGAACAACAAUGGGGAAUUACACACUUCAGAGGACGAAGCUGAACUGACCCAAAUAAGGAGUCAGAACCAUUUUCAAGACUUGAACAGUUGACCGCUUUAAAUGCAUAUGUUGUGCUGUGAUCCAUGCAAGAGGCAUGUUUGAGCCACAGCUGGUAGAACGAGGGAUUUUUUUUUUUUUUUUUUUUAGUUAUUUUGGGCAUUUUUGUGCCUUUAUGUUGCCAGAGGAGGACAGUGGAUAGAGCUGGAAACAGGGACGAGAGCAGGAGAAAGACAUGCUGUAAAGGGCUUCAGGCUGGAUUUGAACCCGGGCUGUCUGCAUAAAGCACUGGGCCACCUGCGCCCGGGAGUGAGGGAUUUGUGACAGAGAGCACUGCUCUGAAGUGAGCCAGCAUUCCCAACAGCACCAUCAACUAACCGAGCCCAAGUUGAUUUGUUGCUGCGAUGAGAGAGACAGCGGUAAACACGGAAAUCAGAGAGACAAGACAUAUGACCCUAGAGUAAAAUUGAACCCUUCAAAAUAAGAGCAUGAAACCAGAUGAGAUGACUGUUCUCAGCUAAAUGUGUCUAUUCAGCGUAUGCAGUGAGCUCAACACUUAUGGUUCACUAAGAACUAAGGAGACAUAUCCAUUGUCUUACUGAUGUACAAUAUUUCUUAAUUCCUAUUUUCCUAUUUUGGUGCUGUCUUGUCAUGAUGUAAUUA